GAUAUUCCCGUAAAAGUAAUUUACUAAAGCCUCACGAUGUCAAGUCGAACUAAAAUGAGGGGUGGUAAAAAAGAAAUGGAUCCUGAAGAACUAAUGAAACGCAAAUUUCGGGCUAAAUGCUUAUUCCGUGCGCUCGGCCGCAUGGUGAUGGCGAAUGUAUACUGGCUGAUAGAAGCAAUAGACGAAUACGAGGGACUGGAAGACGUGAAGCGUAGAGUAGAACAAGCUGUUCGCGGCAAAUCUAAAAAGAAGCAGUUGUUAAGUAUAAACGACAAAGCUCUGUUAAAUAAAGCUGCUGACGAGCGAACAGAAGAAGAAAGGAAAUACUUAUACCGUAUUAUUGGGGGUCUGAAAUGUUUCAAAAGAUAUCCUAACCACGUGAAAAAGAAGUUAGCAGCAGUGACGUACUACAAGUACUAUGGUCCGGGACGUACUAUAGUGCGUCAGCAUCAUGAGGCACAUGCGAUGUACUUCAUCGUUAGUGGCGAUGUGGUCGUCACUCAGAUGAUUUUCGACGAGCUGCUUCAGAAGCACGUGUCAGUGGAGGUCGGCUCUAUGCACACCGGCGAUAUGUUCGGAGAAGUCUCACUCCUGCAUAACAUCAAGAGAACCGCAACAGUCACUACUGUUGAUCAUUGCGAGCUGCUGGUACUAAUAAGGGAGGACUUUAAAAAUGUUCUCCAAGCGUCCGUACAGAAACAAUGGGACGAGGUCCAGGACGCUAUGUCGGCUUUUACUUACUUCGAUGCUUUGGAUGAGGUGUCACGUCGUGAAGGUUGCAUUGUAGCGAAAAUGAAAUCGUAUGAAACUAACGAGACAGUGCUGGGCGACGGCGUUGGUGUGCCUAACUUUGUCUACUUCAUCCUGUCGGGUCGCUGCCAGAUGAUAGAGUCCAUACAAGUGACGGUCGUCACAAAUCUCGGCAAGAACUACUACACACUAUAUGAUCCUUAUGUGGCACCAGAAGAAAGUGAACAAGAUUUGGAUGCAAAAUAUUUUGGGGCGUAUAAAAAAAUGAGUAAGAACAGCGAAUUGAAGGACGAAACUUCAAUUGACAAAGAACAAUCGACAGCGAAACAAUCGAUACCCCUCGCGGAAACGUCAACCAACAUAGCCAGUUCUUACAAGAAGAAGUCUAGUAUUUUAAAGCCGGAUAGCGGUCGAGCAUCCGUCGAAUAUGAAGAAGGGAUACGGCCUAGUACCGAAAGUAGUCGUAUUCGUUUACGUAGUCAUACUGGCUCUGAUUCUGUGACUAAGGAAAAGGAUCUUCUAAAACCAUCAGAGCAAGGCCUUCGAGAGUCAAUAAGAUUAAGCGUUGUUCCCGAAGUAGUACAUCGAACACCGAAAAAUGUUCGCACUUUUUUCAUGCAGGUCUGUCAGUUUAACCCAGGAUCGAGCUUCGGGUUUGGAGAGAAUAUGCGAGACCGACGUAUCAUUGCACUGACGCCAGUGGACUGCAUGCUGCUGCCCAGCAUCUGGCUGCUGCAGAAGAAUACGGCCAACAUCUGGUUUCGAAUAAAACAUUAUCUCGAUAAGAAAAUUCCGUCAAAGAAGCAGCUGUUUAAGGAGUUUGUUUCCACGCGUCGUUGGGAGGAGUACCGUGAGCAGAUCGUCUCAGAUGUGAUCUCCCGGACCAACACUGUUAACUGGACCACGGUACACGAUGUACCUUACUCAAUACGCAUCGAGGAAAUGACGAAUAUAUGA